AUCGUAAUUGUAGUAAUAAGUAGAGGGCAAAAUGGUACUUCGACCUCUCCGCUUUCUCUCUCUUAAGAUGGAAACUCUGACUCUUCUUCUCCUCUGCAACUCAGCUCCCUCCGGCGUUUCUCUCUUUCUUUCCUCUCCGGUUAACAGGGUUUUCUUACUCUCGUCACUGGACGAAGAGGAGUAUAGCACUCGGAAAUGGAGACGAAACAAGGGUUUUUCUCUGCCCUCAGAGAGGAAGUUGCGAGGGGACUCUCGCCGUCACGUUCGAGAUCACGGUCUCGCUCCGCUAGCCCCGCUCGGUCAGGUUCAUCGAUGUUGAAUCUUUUAUGGCGGAGAAAGAGUGACGGAUACUACCUGGCGCAACCGGAGCAUUUGAUCGGAGGAUCCGGGACCUUGAGACCGGUAAUGGAGGGCCCGGAUCCGGAUGAAGGCGGAGGAGGAUAUGAAGUUCUGGAUCCGAAGCGACUUGGGUUGGGUUUGGGUCACUGGGUCAAAGGACAGCUUUCUCGAGCUCCGUCCGUUGCGGCCAUGGAGGCUUACCGGAGGUAUGAUCUGAGGUUGCUUCUCGGCGUCAUGGGCGCUCCUUUGGCUCCUCUUCACGUCUCCUUUUCCGAUCCUUUGCCUCACCUGAACAUCAAAGAUACACCUAUUGAGACAUCAUCUGCUCAGUACAUUCUUCAACAGUAUACGGCGGCUUCCGGUGGUCAGAAGCUCCAAAACUCCAUUAAAAACGCUUACGCAAUGGGGAAGCUCAAGAUGAUAACUUCGGAGGUCGAAACCUCCACAAAAACAGUGAGAAACAGAAACCCAUCAAAGGCGGAAUCUGGAGGUUUCGUCCUCUGGCAGAUGUAUCCAGACAAGUGGUAUGUCGAGCUUGCAGUAGGUGGCAGUAAGGUUCACGCAGGCUGCAAUGGCAAACUCGUGUGGCGGCAUACCCCUUGGCUCGGUUCUCAUCCCGCAAAAGGACCCAUUAGACCCCUUCGUCGUGCACUUCAGGGGCUUGAUCCAAGAACUACUGCUGCCCUGUUUGCGGGUGCAAAGUGCAUUGGAGAGAAGAAGAUGAAUGGUGAAGAUUGCUUUAUUCUGAAACUGUCCACUGACCCUGAAACGAUAAAGGCCAGGAGUGAAGGACCCGCUGAGAUCAUAAGGCACGUCCUUUUCGGCUACUUCAGCCAGAAAACGGGACUUCUCGUUCACAUUGAGGAUUCACACCUCAUCCGGAUCCAAUCCAAUGGAGGAGAUACAGUUUAUUGGGAGACAACAAUCAACUCGUCAUUAAACAAUUACAGAUCUGUUGAAGGGAUCAUGAUAGCUCACUCAGGACACACGGUUGCUACCCUCUUCAGAUUCGGGGAGGUGGCAAUGAGCCAUACAAGAACUAGGAUGGAAGAAAGCUGGAUCAUUGAAGAAGUAGCGUUUAAUGUUCCGGGUCUCUCUGUUGAUUGCUUUAUCCCACCGGCUGAUCUAAGGCCGGGUCUGUCGGCUGAAGCCUGCGAGUUCCCUCGUGACAAAAGAGGGAAGAAUGUGAUCACAUUGGCCGCAGCUCAAACGGCCAAAGUUGCAGCACAUGACGACGAGAGCCAUGACAACCGCCUUUGGCAUAUCGAUGUCUAACCCGUGAAGGAUCAGGUGCAGUCGACAAUUGUUCAUAAGGCGAUGAGUAUCCUUCAUCCAUUUAUAACCCUUUUAGCUGUUCAGAGAUUAGGAAUCAGGGUUUUAGGUUUUUAUUCAUAACCAAUGAUUCUUGGAAUUCAAAUCUCGUCUUUUUUACUCUCAUCUCAAAGAAUGAGAGAGUUCUUUCAUUUAUUUUUUUGGUUCAACCCGCAGAUUUGUGGCAGCAAUUGAAGGGAAAUUGCUGCUUCAAAGUUGGUCAAUUGUUCGUUUGUCUUUGUGUCCUUUUUCAGACAAUGUUGGUUUGGCUGUUUGUGUUGGAUCUUUUUGUUUCGCUAUAACCGAAUCA